CCCCUGCCGGGUCCUGCCUGUGCUGUUGGCUGCCCGCUGCGGUGGGCAUCGUCCUUCUCCCAGCCGGGCCCGACGGCGAACGACCCCAGCGAGGGCCAGGUCUUCCUCAGCCAGAGCUGCGUGAAGAGGCUGCUGGAUAUCACAGAUGGCUCAGAGUUUCUCAGGCUGCAGGUGGAAGGAGGUGGCUGCUCUGGAUUCCAAUACAAGUUUUCCUUGGACACAGUUAUCAAUCCUGAUGACAGGGUGUUUGAACAAGGUGGUGCCCGUGUGGUUGUGGAUGUGGACAGCCUGGCCUUCGUGAAAGGUUCCAUGGUGGACUUCAGCCAGGAGCUGAUUCGCAGCUCUUUCCAGGUGGUGAGCAACCCCCAGGCAGAGAAGGGUUGCUCAUGUGGGACUUCCUUCUCUGUAAAAUUCUGACUGGACUUCCCAUGGAUGGACACUGUCUGCAGCCGCUUCCUGGUGGUCUUCGGAUGGUUUUUGCUUGUUCUUUUCCCAGCUGCUCCCCUCCAUCUCCCUUAACCGGUAACACAUCUGUUACACGUGACUCCAGCUGUGUGUGUGUCUGCACUGAGCCUGUCUCCAAGACUUGUUGGCCUUCCCUUCAGAAACAUGAAGUAGCUGUGAGCAUGCACAUGGGAGCAUCUUCAGCGCCUUGUGAACUACUGGCUGGGUGGUGCUGACUCACCUACCCUGUCCUGAAUGUGGAACCUCUUAACUGCUUGUCUCUGCAAGAGAUGGCUGUAUAUAUGUAUGUGUGUGUUUAUUGGAAGUUCUUACUAAAAAAAAAGUCUUUGAGAUUGAUUGGUAUUGCUUGUGCAUUCCCACGUGGGUAGAGUCUGGGUUCUUUCAGGCUACUGUUGCUUAUCCCUUGUCUUCCAGCUGGAUGGGACUUGGAGUCUCUCUCCCAUACACCUCCCAGUGUUGCUGGCUCUCCACUCCCCAAUUCACAGUGGGCUUUUCUAGAUACUUUGCUGUUCUCUUACCCAGCAGGCUUC